CUGAUCUUCUUCUCACUGCCAUGUGUUGUAACGGUCACGGUAUGUUCUGUGUACUAAUAAUCUGGACAUACUUGUAAAUACAUACAAGCAGGGGUGUGAGCAUUGACCAUGAGGAACCGGAGUGAACCGAGAAUUGUAACCCACCUUUCCGGAACCAUGACGAUUACGCAGCAUGCUUCAAUCUCAAAUUAAUCCCUUGAUGAACAGGGUCCAUCGCCACGCCACACCCGUCUACACUACAUAGUGCACAUCGGGAUUUGAUUCCUGUUUAUCCAAACCCCCCCAUAACCCACCCAACAUGAAGAAACCACUCAUGCGCAUCCCCUACACCGAGCUCUUCCCGCCGCCCGCCACCAUCCCCCCCACAGCCCGCUCCCUCCCCGGCGCCGUCGCCGCCCUGCAAGAGUUCCUGCACGCCCCGCCGGCGCGGGACCACCUGCCGCGGUCCACCGUGCUCCUCACGGGCGCGGGCCUCUCGGUCGCGAGCGGGCUGGCCGACUACCGCGGCACCAAGGGCACGUACCGGGUCAACAAGACGUACCGCCCCAUCUACUACCACGAGUUCCUGGCCAACCACGAGGCGCGCAAGCGCUACUGGGCGCGCAGCUUCCUGGGGUGGACCACGCUGCGCAACGCCGCGCCCAACGCGGGCCACUACGCGGUGCGGGACCUGGGGAGGCUGGGCUUCUUGUCGGGCGUCAUCACGCAGAACGUGGAUUCGUUCCAUCCCCGCGCGCACCCCGAUAUUCCGACGCUCGAGCUGCACGGCUACCUGCGCUCGGCCGUGUGCACGUCGUGCCGGAGCGAGUUGCCGCGGGACCGGUUCCAGGCCGAGCUGGCGCGGCUGAACCCCGUUUGGGAUGCCUUCCUGCAGGAGGCGAUCGCCACGGGGGCGCUCGAGACGGAGGACCCGCAUGAGAAACGGGCGCGCGGGAUUCGCAUGAAUCCGGAUGGUGAUGUGGAGCUGCCUGAGGCGCCGUACACGACUUUCCGGUAUCCGGCGUGCCCGACGUGUUUGAGCAGUCCGCCGUCGUUGGCGGAUGGGACGAAGGGGAUGGUGGAGGUCGAUAAUGAUGGUGCUUGGAGCCCGACGAGCAAUGUUGGUAUCCUGAAACCGGCGGUUGUCAUGUUCGGGGAAAGCAUCGCUAGUAGCGUGAAGGAAGCGGCUGAAGAUGCGAUCGAUGGCGCUGGAAAGCUUUUGAUCCUCGCCACAUCUAUGGCGACGUACUCCGCGUGGAGGCUGGCUAAGCGCGCCAAGGAUAGGGGGAUGCCGAUUGGGAUUGUCAACAUCGGCGGCGUCAGGGGCGAGGAUCUCUUCUUUGCAGGAUUGGACCCGGCCCAGGCGGGCGGCCAGGGCGUGAGGUUAGAGAUGUCCACCGAUAGCUUGCUGCCGGCUCUUGUUCAGGAUAUGCGACAGUCUGCUCUCCGGGGUGCGUCACCCGACAGCGCAGCGUUUCAGGAAAACGAGGCUGCUGUGUUCAAGAACAUGUUACAAUAGACCAAUAGAUGAUAAUAGACGC